AUGGAGGAAGUAAUGUCUGCACUUCGUAAAAUUCAGAACGAACUAGACGACCAGAAGAAAAUGAUCAUUAAAAACGGAGAAGAUGUCACUACAAAUAUAACAAAAAAUAUAAAUAUGAUUCUUGAAGAAAAAUUCCAAGUAUGGGAAGAAAAACAUAACUGUCUGAAAGAAGUAGUUGAAAACCAAGAAAAAAGAAUAUAUUUUCUAGAAAAAUUAGCUAGACAGAGAAACAUAGUAUUCUUUGGCUUACAUGAAACAGAAUCGUCUUAUUCAGACUUGGAAAAUAUUAUUAUUAAUUUCAUAGACAAACACUUCUGCAUAAAGCUGGAAAAAAGGGACAUACAAGCAUUGACCAGAUUAGGCAAAAAAGGUAAAGGAAUUAGACCCAUAACAGUAACUUUCACAACACUUGGUAAGAAGAUUGAAAUAUUCAAGCAAAAAGCAAUACUGAAAGACACAGAAUUUUACAUAAAGGAGGACUACCCAAAAUAUGUCUUAGAAAAAAGGAAAGAAUUACAGGAAAAAGUUAAAAUUGAAAAAGAAAAAGGAAACAAAGCUAUCGUUAAAUAUGAUAAACUCAUCAUACUCGAAAACAAAUCAGAAACAUCUGGUAGCAAAAAGAGAAUGCUCUCCGUUUCCCCUGAGUCAAACCUAUCAAACUCUCACAAGCAAACGGAUAGAAGACCACAAGAAAAACGAAAUAAUAAACCAAAACAAACCCACUCUUUACCACAAAGGUCAUCCAGCAUUUCAGAAGCAGUUCUUAAGCCUAGUAUGUUAAACUACUUAGUUAACAAGAAUAAGAACAACCUAUCAAACCAGAAAGACAACCAAGAACAAAACGAAAUAUAG